AUGGCAUUGUGGGAGCACUUAGAGGUUACCAAAUCGCAUGUUGCGUAUGCCUGUGUGGGCAUUUUCUCUGCUGUAUUCUCGCUGCUUUCACUUUUUGUCAAGGAAAAGCUUUACAUCGGUGAAUCGACUGUUGCGGUCAUUUUCGGUCUUAUUGUUGGUCCACACUGUCUUGACUGGUUCAACCCAUUGACAUGGGGCAAUUCGGACUCGAUUACAUUGGAAAUUACUCGGAUCGUGCUGUGUUUGCAGAUUUUUGCGGUGGCAGUCGAGCUACCCAAGAAGUACAUGUUGAAGCACUGGUUGUCGGUGACCAUGCUACUUCUACCUGUAAUGACUGCUGGCUGGCUGAUAAUUGCGCUAUUUGUUUGGAUAGUUAUCCCACAUUUGAAUUUCCCUGAGGCUCUGCUGGUUGCUUCCUGUAUUACGGCCACAGAUCCUAUCUUGGCACAGUCCGUGGUUUCAGGUAAGUUCGCGCAACGUGUUCCUGGCCAUCUGAGGAAUCUAUUGUCGGCUGAAAGUGGUUGUAAUGAUGGGAUGGCAUUUCCUUUCAUUUAUCUAUCGUUAAACCUGUUGUUCCAUGCGGGAAAUGGAGGAGAAAUUGUGAAGGAUUGGAUUUGUGUUACAAUUCUCUAUGAGUGUCUAUUCGGUUGCAUACUAGGCGCUGUUAUUGGAUACACGGGCCGUCGGGCAAUCCGGUUUGCCGAGGAACGCAAGCUAAUAGAUCGAGAAUCCUUCUUGGCUUUCUAUGUGUGUUUGGCCUUUAUGUGCGCAGGGUUUGGUUCUAUACUGGGAGCCGAUGAUCUUCUAGUGUCUUUUGCUGCUGGUACCGCAUUUGCAUGGGAUGGAUGGUUUUCCAAUAAGACCAAAGAGAGUGAAAUAUCCACUAUCAUUGACUUACUUUUAAAUUUGGCUUACUUUGUGUAUUUUGGAGCCAUCAUCCCAUGGCAGCAAUUUAACGACCAUGAUCUAGGGCUGGAUGCUUGGAGGCUGGUUAUCCUUGGUAUUGUGGUUAUUUUCUUACGCCGGAUACCAGCAGUGCUCGCCUUCAAAUCUAUGAUACCAGAUAUCAAAACCUGGAGGGAAGCUAUCUUUGUUGGACAUUUCGGUCCUAUAGGCGUUGGUGCUAUUUUUGCGGCCAUUCUUGCCCGUGCAGAACUUGAGGCACAUGCCACUGGUGAGGAAACACCCUUGAAGGAGCUGCCUGCCGAAGGUUCGGAAUAUUGGAAGCUCAUUGCGAUAAUAUGGCCAGUAACAUGCUUUUUCAUUAUCGUUUCAAUUAUCGUCCAUGGCUCGUCUGUUGCUGUGAUCACACUAGGCCGUCACUUGAAUACAAUAACCUUGACCAAGUCGUUCACCACCCAGACUACUAAUGGCAAAGGAUCAUCUUGGAUGCAAAGACUACCUACGUUGGACAAAUCCGGAAGAUCAUUCUCCUUGCAGAGAAUUGACACAAAAGCUCCCUCAGAUACCAUGGCACGCCAGGAUACCGUAGAAACAAGUGGUAUUCCUGCUAAACCGUUCGGGGGGAUGAAGAGAAAGCGCAGAGGGCUAAAGAAAAGAAUAAGAGGUGAUAUCUUCAAGUCAAAGGUAGGAUCAGCUGGUGGAACUUCAGAGAGUCCCGAGACUGUAGAUAACGAGAGGUUACAGCGCGAAAAAGAAGCACAAGCUGCCGCAUUUGCCUUGAGCUCCCAGCUACGCACCAAUGACGAGGACGCCUAUGACGAUACUAAUAUUGACGAAGAGGAUGGAGCUCAGGAUACUUUGGAUUCAGUUGAUGUCAUGUCGCCUGCUGAAGCAAAUGAGGCGAUUAGUAAACUAGACGCGAUAUCUGGUUACCCUCCUGACGCUGAAGCACAGGAAAUCGAUGAUGAUUUGAACCAUAUUCAACAUUCUGCUCCACCGACUGGAGGUCCAUCAGAUCAUGUUCCUCAUGCGGGUGCCACGACAGCAUCUUCGUCCAAUUUCGAUGAAGAGAAGUUUGAAAGGGAAUCACACGCUGCGUCCAUCGAUAGCUACACCAGAGAUCUAGAAAGUUUGCGGCGGAAGAUGGAAAUGAAAGCCGAAGAAGAAGAAGGCGCCGUUGCGUAUGCCGAAGGGCAUAAAAUAAUCGUUGAAAACAGUCAGGGUGAAAUAAUAGACCAGGCCGAGCUUAAUCGCAAACCGAAGGACGAAGAAGAAGGACCGUCUCAUGAUGAGAGCAAAAUGGGAGCUUUAAAGCGUGCUUUCACGCCUCCUCGCAGAAGAAGACAAACACUAAUAGAUGAAAAUGCUAACAAGCGGUAUUUCGCUUACAAGAUCGAUGACCAACUUAUCAUUGAAAAUGAAGACGGAGAUGUUCUUCGAAGAUACCGCAUUAAUUCUCACGAAAUGAGUGCCAGUAGAAGCAACAGAGAAAGUAGGCAGAAAGCACCCGGAAUGAUGGCCAAAGCACUUUCUGCGGUGGGAAUUUCCAAGAAUACAUCCCAGUCACCCGAAUCUUCUACUGUUGACCAACUAGACCCUGGAACGAAGAUUCGCGGGCGCCGUUUGACUCCGGUUCCUACAUCUGGAGCACAAGACCGUUCAUCACAGGACGACUACGACGAAGAGCACGACGAUGACGAAGACUCAGAUGAAUAUGACAGUGAUGACGGGCAAGACUCGGAUGAAGAUGAUUACAGUGAGGAAGAGGACGCUUCUAACGCCGAGUUCUCCGAAGGUGACGAGGAGCUCAGCGAUGGGGAGUCUGAAACUGCGGUAGAGCGCUCGAGAAGAUUGACAGCUCUGGGACACGUUGCCGCACCAAGGGACGAUGAUGACGAGGAGAUUGACGCAGCCGCUAUCUCACGUCCUCAACAAGAGCGCGCUGCGACUUCCAAGAAGGUUAGGAAUGCUUUAGGGUUCAAUUUACGCAAAUGA